UCCGCUUGUCAACAUCUUGUUAUGGAUCCGUGGCCAGCUGUAGAGUCGCAGGAGAACAGCCCUAUGACAUUCGAAGAUAAUUUUGAGCCUGACGGCAAGCUGCCCGACUCUGUGGAAUAUUUAGCCAAUCUAGAGAGUAAACUUGCUAGAUUGAAGCUGAAGCGAACAAAGAAAGACCUGGUUCAGUCUUUGGAUGAAACUCACAAAUCUUGUAUGGUGAGACUGCUAUCUGAAGGGGCUACUCAUUCAGCUGAAGAUCUUUUGUUGGAUGCACCUCUAAACAAUUCUAAUGUCCUAUUCCGUCGUCUUGCACCAGAACGUCAAGCUCUCACUUUUGGAGAACUAGUUGAAUUACUAAAGGCUGACCAGUUGUCUGAAAAACUGUUUGAGGAAACUGAAGAAGGAGAUAACAGUGUCAGUUCAGCUGAAGAAAAAACAAAUCAUAAACAGUUACCUGAGGCCAAGUCCAACAAUGAGCAAGCACCUUAAAUAUCUACUGUUCUCUGUAAUUAACUGUGGUAAUGUCAAUACAUUAUAUGUAUAUUUGCUACUGUAAUAGAGCUAUUUUGUGGGAAUUUUUUAGUGUCUCAGGUGUGAAUGAUUUGUAAUAUUUGUAUUUUGUAGAAAAUGUUACCUAUGUCUGUCACACAAGACAUUAAGCAAUUUUGGCAAAUAUUAGAAGUGGAUUUAUCCACUGUGACAAGAAUUAUAAAUGACAACUCUACAAGUUAUGUCUGUUUCCUGUUCAGGUGUAUGAACUUGGCUCUAACCUAAAUUUCUGCAAUAUUAUGUGCUCAUCAUUAUUGACAUAUUAAACAUUUUUGUGACUGAUAUAAAAAGUGAGAGAGAAAGAAGGGUCGCGCACUUUUGACUAUUGAACAUCAGUUGCUGUAGUCAUUAUUCUGGGCUAGAUUCUACUUAACAGAAGACUAUCCAACAAUGUGGAAAUAAGAAAAAGAAACAAGUAUCAGUGAAGGGUACUAAUGAUCAUGCUAAUAAGUAAUAAGUAGAAUGCUGUAUUUAGCUUAAUACUGGUGUGUAUAAGGUACUCUAUGCCAGUGUGGAAAAACUAGUUGAUACGUACGAGAUUUACAUUUUUUGCUUAAAUGUAACUGUCUAAUACAAUGGCCAUAAGAAAAUUAUUUAAUGUACUAUACAGCAUCUGAAACGGUAGCUUCAUUUAAUAUUCUCAACAUAGAACAUAAAAUAAGCGGACCUAAAAGUACAGCAUAUAGUGUUCUAAACUGUGAAUGCAACAGAUAAUGUCUGUUUUUCAUUUUUAGAGUUUUAUAUACUGGUUUUCUGACAGACUUGCUGCAUUUAUGCAGUUUAUAUUUUUUAGCUAUUGUGCCUAAAGAAACAAGACGUGCUGAUUAUUGAGAACAACACUAACAAACAAAAUUAUGAGACUGUCAUAAAGCGUGUAUUACCAUUGUAGCUGUCUUAUAGUUUAAUUUAGUUCUCUUUGUGGACCAGAAGGUUACGCCUACUAAUGGUUUUCACAGUAUGCAGAGAUAGCUGUAAUACAAGCUUUAUGUGAAAAUCACACAGAUAGUGAGUCUUAAGGUAAUGGUAAAUAACAGUUAACAAGAACAAUGGUGUUUGUUAUUAUGUAAGUUGUACCUUUUGCCACUUUUCUGCACUAAUUUAAUCUGCAGCCAGAUACUUUUUUUAUCAUCACCAUUUUCUAAUUGUACUUCUUACGAUGAUCCCUCUCUCCUUCCUAAUGCUGUGGUGUAUAGAAGGGCUACACUCUUAACACAUAAAGGGGGCAGAUGCAGACAUGCAGAUACAGAUGUUCCAUAGUUGUCCUGUAUCACAUCAGGAGGAAGCCCAGGAUGCUUUCCUGAAAGAGAUCAGUGUCCAAUUUUCUGCCUUAUCCUUUCCCAAUCCAACCUUGCAGUCCGUCUCUAAAGACCCCAGCCUGUAAGAUGUUUACGCAGCAAUUCCUCCAACACUACUCACAGCUAAAUGAAAAUUGUAGGUACCCCACCAGAAAAAUUACCUGUGCUUGUGUUUUACGCAAGAAAAUUAGAAUUUAAGAGCUUCUGAGGUAGGUGACCAAGCUGAAAAUCUGAAAACCCAUGUUCCCACGAGUGUCAAUUGCAAUACUUAUUCAUCUUCCAUAACUAGACUUCAGCCUUGUGCCUACAUCAUGAUGUUGUGUACUCACUGAAACCACUGUAUGCAGUCAGAUAAGUAUAAUCUGCCUAUUGUCAGCCGAUGAUUUUUGCCUUUUUUUUAUUCAUCAGAAAGUGUUACAUAAUUGCUACUAAUAAAAUGUAGAACAUAUCCAAAGAGAUAGCUUGUAUUACUUUAAGUGAUGAGUUCUCUCUUUCCCCCGAAAAUUCUUGCCAAAUUCUGCUAUAUGAUGUUGGCAGGGAUUACUGAAUUAAAAGAAAGAAAAAAAUGUUCAGGAGAGACUAUUCAGCAUUUAAAGUUAGCAAUGAGAACGGUGUAUUUUUUCAUAAUUUCAGUGAUAAAAAUCUAAACUGGUGACUGUAAAAUGGGGCAGUGACAGAUGUAUAUAAUAUCUGCUUUCAACAGCUUGCCUUUUAAUAAAGUAAUUAAAAGCUUCAGAACAGUGCCUUUUAUGAAGCUUCGGAAGUGUCACACAAAUAUUCAUCUUACUUUGAAAAUUAAGAAAGACGUUAGAAAGGAAAGCUUUAAAAAUAUAAUCUCUUCAACUGGAAUUUCUGUGUGCUCUAGCAAUGGUGAGAUUGUGUUGUCGUACGUGUAUAAUGUUGAUUUGUGUAGUGUGCAUAGAUGCCUUCUUGGAAAUAAUUGUCAUUUUAAAGAGAAUCAUAAUAGGCAUGACUACAUUAUUGUAAGUAUGUGUGUACCAUAACCUGGUAUUUCUUGUGGUGAGAGGGGAGAAGGGAUGCUGGUAUCAGAGGAAUAGGUGGGAUUUUAUAUGUUUACUUCCUGCAAAUCCUACGUGAAGUACCAAGUUGCUGUUUAUGUGUAGUACAAAGUUUAUCAAGCACUAGUUGCUUGUUGUUUAGUACAAUGAAGGAAUAAAUAAUUACUUUCACUGAAAA